CUCAUGAUCCCAGGAAGAUACACUUGUCCUCCGAACUGGACUCACGAGUACAAUGGCUGGAUCUUGUGGACAUAAGGCUAUAGUUGUUGUUAGCUUGUGCACAUUUUACACAAGAAUUAUGGUGUGUACAUAUCGGCUCCAGGAUCUGAUGGCUGUAGUUGUAGCAAGAGUAAAAAGCAGGAAGUAGAGUGUAAAUACCACAACAUGUCAAAGUAGUAAAGUACUUACUCACUGAUAGACGUCCAAAAAAACUUGGCAAAUCAAAUUCCAAUAUCAUAAAUGUGUCCAAUCCAUGAGCAUGGUAUAAAAGCAACAGCCCAAGAGCUUCCAAUAGAAAGAGAGAAAAAGGUGUGAGAUGACAGCUAAACCAACCUCUGCAAGGAUGUCAUCCCUCUGUAUUUUGACAUUGGCGUAUUUCAUUGCCAUUAAUGAGGCUCAUGCAGGUCCUUCUGGAAAGGAAGUGACCAAGCGGCAAGCAGAGAGUGGUGACAGCAAUGAAGGAUUACCUCCAUUCAUUGAGCUACUGAGAGGGAGAGACGGACGAGAUGGUCGAGACGGAGAGCCUGGACCCAUAGGGAUGAAAGGAGACCAGGGAGACAAAGGAGACCCCGGUCUUCAAGGUUUACCUGGACCAGCAAGCGGAGGUGCAGUAUAUGUCAGGUGGGGUCGGACAACCUGCCCCAACACACUUGGAACUGAACUAGUCUAUUCUGGAAGAGCUGCUGGGACCUAUUUCACCCACAAAGGAGGAACUAGUGACUAUCUC